AUGUCUAUAUGCUCUAAUUCAGUCCGAGCAUUGUCGCGCUCUCGCAUUCCGCCAAUCAAGACGCUCCUUCCGUUCCUCUACCAGACACCGACGAUCCAGCAAUGCCAGCCCGCCACACGACCAAUUGCUCGCCGCAACAUCGCCUCGCGAUCACGCCCAUACGACAAAGAGGACAUACCUUUCGAAGAUGAGAAUCUACCACCUGCCAUCGAUCAAGAACCUCCACGAAAGACUACUAUAACGGGUACUGAGCGUGCUGCAUUCCAGAAGUUGUAUAGAAAAUUCAAUACCGAGGGACGUCAGCAGAAGGAGAAAGACCAUGUUGUGGAGCUCGAUCAGAUAGCAGACGAGUAUUACGAAGACGAUGAAGAACAUCUGAAGCCCUCUCUGGAUAAGGUCUUCGACGACGUAUUGAAGGGUGAACCGCGGUUGCGAGCAUCACGUACAGUCCCUCAAAGGCCAAAGACGACGGCUCAGUCUCCAAAGGAAGAAACUCUACACGCGGAACUAGGCAAAGCGCAGACCAGCAAGAGGAAAGGCACCAAUGUGGAUGCGGCAAAAUUCAAGGAAUUGCGUCUAGCAGAACGAGAACGAAUCGACAAACUCAUACGCAACGCCCCUACCGACCGCGCCCUCUGGCAAACCCUCGAACGCGAAGUUUUCACCAAAGUGCGUAGUCUAGAUCUCGACAACGUCAGCAAUGGAGGUAUCAAAGAGCCAAUUUCCAAAGCCAGCACCGGCACAUCGAAGAAGUCGUCCAAACCAAAGAGUGUCCACAAACCCGAUCCACCCAGCUCCGAUGCGCGCAUUCUCUUCCAAAACUAUCCACACCACCUCAUAGUUGCCGUCUCCACAUUGCGCACCGAGUUCCCCUCUUCGCGCUUACCCUUCUCUAUCUUACCUACGAUCAAAAGGCUAGGCCGCUCCUCGCACGCUCUCGGCGCCACGACAACGCUCUAUAAACACCUUAUCCGCACGGCAUGGAUUCAACAAUCUUCCUACACGACCAUCAACACGCUCCUCACCGAAAUGGACGAUAACGCCAUUGAAUUCGAUGCCGACAUCCUCGGUCUCUUAGACGCCAUAAUCAAGGAGCACAACCAGGCGAGGAGUGGUGUAUUAGGAAAAGAGAUGUCGCUGGUGUACGGCAUGGAAAUGUUCGUCAACGACCUACAAAAGAUUGUUACGUGGAGAGAUGUGAUUGCGGAGAGACUGGGUAUGAGGAGUGAAGAGAAGAGGGCGGGUAGUACGAUUGUAAGGAGGGUAUUGCCGCUGGAGCACAAGGCUUGGAGGGGUAUUGGGUCGGAAAAGGCCGCCAACACACAGAGACCUGGAGGACACUCGAAUGAUACUUCGUUGGAACACAUGCCGCUUGUCGAGGGUGCAAACUCAGGAGUAGACGGUUCCCGUACAGAAACAGUUUCUGCAAGGGAUGACGAGCACUCUGCUUCGCCUGAGGAGAGUGACCUGGGAAGUGAGCAGACCACUACCAAGCAGUCACAAGUAGGAGAGGAAAAUACCGAAGAUGCAGAUAACAAACGCGCCGAAGUUUUAGUGUAG